AUUGGUUAUUUUCUAUAUUUACUAUUUCUCAUCUCUCCACCACUCUGCCACCAUUACAAUUAUAGACAGACAUAUAUUUGAUCAUUAAUUUUAAUUUUAUUAUUACAAUAAUUAAUUUCAUUAUUACUGUUAUUUUCAUCAUCAUCAAAGUUAAUCUCACUAUCCAUUCAAAUACAUCUUAAAUUUAUUUUUCACUUUUUUCCCUAAUCCUCUAUAAUUUUGCCCGGAAGUCCUCAGUGCGUGGAAAUCCAAGAUAAGUUCCAAAAUCCGAACAGUGCUGCAUUCUAGCAAUAGGGCCAAAGUCGACUAUCAAGCGUCUUGAAACAUUUGAUGAUGUAAAGAAUUUUGAUUUCCCAAAAUUCAAUUUUUGACCUAAAAAAGCACAAAAUCUCUUUAAACAGUCACCACCAUAAUUGUACAUUAUUUAGUCAAGCUUUCCCAAGCAAAUCAUCACAAAGAAAACAUGUGAGAGGUGAGGACCAUCUUUGGAUAGCGUAAUCGGAUUCCAACUUCUGUCACACACUGCUGUCUGCUAUAUGUAGUUCGCAUAACUGGGAGGAAAAUUUUUAACGGCCCGAAAGAGGGUUGGGUUGGAUGAUGAAGUGGCAUGAAGGAAGAUGCUAAUUAGCUCAUCUAAGAAAGUACACAAAAUGACGUGGAACGGCUGUACGAACAAUAAGUAAUCAGAAGUACAUUGCCACUAGUCACUGUUUUGUUUUAACAGUGUUCAAGUUUCCCCUUCGAAAUUGAAACCGAGCAUCGGCCAUUGGUUCUAUAGCCGAUUCAUAAUUAGAAAAUUUUUCUGAACUUUUAUUAAUCGGGGUUAAAACUCCAGAAAUUAGAAAUGUUAAAAUAAAAAUAACGCUUGAUAUUAUUAGAAAUGCUUUAAAAAUAUCAUAUUUAUAAAAUAAAAAUAUAAACGAACUCCUAUGAAUAUAAAAAAUAAAUCAGAUUAAUUAAUUUUACUCGAAAUUUAUUGUCAAAGUCAUCCACAAUUAUUUGUUUAAUCAAAACAACAAUUUAAUUUGAUCGAAUCGUGUAAUUUCGUUUGUUUGCUACUGAUUUGGCUUUUUGGAAGUGAUUGAUUGCAAAAAUCCAACUUUCCAUAUGAACAGAGCAUGAGGGGCAUGCAAAAUAAAAGAAUAAGAUUCCUAAAAACCCCUAUUCCGUCAUUAAAGUCCCCACACCCACGGCCAAAAAAAAAAAUGCGAAAACUUUGGAAAAGCCUCCCAGCCAUUUCUGUUUCUUUUCUUUAAUGCAUGCUUAUAUGCAUUCUCCAUUUCCAUAUAAUGUAACUCCCCUUUAGCUUGUAAUUUUUUUUUUCUUUUUUGGCUGCGAUUACGCCACUUUCAGGCAGACUUGAGUGGCUGAACUGUUGUGGCUUGUUAAGCCCCCAUUUUUACUUUCUUUGCUUGUACUUUCUUAGCACUUUACUGUCUUUUCAUUUAUAUUUCAAGUGCUAAGCCCUUACAUACACUUAAAGCCUUGUUCUUUUACAUUUGAAUGAAUGGAAUUUCAAUUUUUGUUUUCAGUUUUGUUUCAGUUUGGUUUUCUUGUGUUUUUCUGCCAUGUUUGCUUUGUUUUCAUCUUAUCUUGGCUCGAGAAGGAUAACCCAAGCAAGUACCCAUCUUGAGAAAUCAGGCAAGGGGGAAAAUUACAUGAUUUACAUACUUCCAAAUUGGUUGACAAGAAAGAAACAUGUUCUAUCAGUUGUUUGUUCUUUGAAUAAUCUGUAAAAAAUUUAAUAAUACAUUGCCAUUGAGAAAAACUGUAUGUGAUAUUGCCAACUCCAUUGUCUUAUUGUGAAUGCAUUGGUUUCUUCAUGCAGAAACAAUGAUGUUAUAGCUCUCGAACAAAAUAUAAGGUGAAGAACAAAAUUGUACAUCCAGUUACUUCCUCAGGGGCAGUUUUUAUUCUAUAAAUUAAUUGAAUAUGAAACUGAAUUACUCCUUGCAUUCUUUCAUUGCUCAUGAGAUAAGCCAAUAGAUAUCACUAGAAGGUCCCGAAACUUUAGUUCUGGGUUUCAAAGAAAUGGAGAAACCAGCAGAUUCAAAACAAACGCUUUUUGUCGGAGAAGAUGAAUAUGAUGCUGUUGUUGUGGGGUCUGGAUAUGGUGGUUCUGUUGCUGCAUGUCGGUUGUCAAUGGCAGGGGUCAAGGUAUGCCUGGUUGAGAAGGGCCGAAAAUGGGAAGCUAAGGAUUUUCCAACGGACAGUUUCAAGAUCAUGUCAGCUGUGAGGAUGGAGAGUCAGAACUUAGGUGUCAGCUUUGGCCCUAAGGAUGCUUUAUUUCAGGUUUAUGAACAAAAUGAUUCACUGGCAGCGGCAGCUUGUGGACUUGGUGGGGGUUCACUAGUGAAUGCAGGCGUAAUGCUGCCAACACCAGUUCGUACUCGAAGAAAUUCAAAAUGGCCAAAGGAAUGGGAAUGGGACUGGGAUAGUUGUGAAGCUUCAGCUGCUACCAUGAUGAGAAUACAAAGUGUUCCCGUCCAGUUCCCCAUCGCCAAAAUUAUGAAAGAAAUAGAUGUUGGGGUGUAGAAGAAAUGGUUCAGGAUUCAAUGAAGCUAAGUAUGAAUUUUGAUCUUGAAGAGUCCUCAUCCAGAUUACCAAAACAUCAAAAUGUGGAUAUCUGCAUAGCCUGUGGAAAUUGUCUAGCUGGGUGUCCUUAUAACGCCAAGAAUUCUACUGACAAAAAUUAUCUUGCAUCAGCAAUUCAGGCAGGAUGUAUUGUUAAAACAGAGUGUGAAGUUCAGUAUGUAGUUAAAAAUCCAUAUGAAACAGGACAUGAAGGUGGAGUUGGUGGAAAAAGAAGGUGGCUUGUUUUCUUAAAUGAGAUCGAUUGUAUAAAAGCUGAUUUUGUGAUCCUGUCAGCGGGAGUCCUUGGCACAACUGCAAUACUUUUCAAAUCACAAAUGAGAGGAUUAAAACUCUCAGAGUCACUUGGGUCUGGAUUCAGCUGUAAUGGAAAUACUGUUGCUUAUCUUGCUGGGAGCAGUGGACCUUUGCAUGCUUAUGGACUAGAUAAAAAGCAACUGUCGAAGACACCUAUUCAAGCACGGCCUGGGCCAUCCAUCUCUUCAUCUUACACUUCUUCAUUGGGUUUCACAAUCCAGAGUGCUGUACUUCCUACUGCUUAUCCUUACAUGUUGUUUAAAGGGAUUGUAACAUACGGAUGGCCAACUGGUUACUGGUUCUUUGAUGGCGUUAUAGAUAAGCUGAAACAUCUCAUAGGUUCUAAGUCGAGCCAAGCAAUGGUGCUCGCUGCAAUGGGACAUGAUAAGAGUGAUGGGAAAAUUAUAUUAGACAAGGAAACAGAUAAAAUUUGCUUCAGUCCACCCCAUGACCCUUUGCUGGUGAGAAAAAUUGAGGCCUUUCAAAAGAUUACCAAGAAAUUAGGUGGAAUUCUCUUCAUGUCCAAUUACCGAAGCACAUCAGUACAUCUUCUAGGGGGGUGCAAUGCAUCAUCAGAUUUUUCGGAUGGUGUUUGUAAUCCAAAUGGUCAGAUUUUUGAUGCAGAGGCUCCUGGUCUAGUACACCAGGGCCUCUAUGUUUGUGAUGCUUCUCUAAUUCCGUGCUCUGUUGGUGUAAACCCAUCCCUUACUAUUGCAGCAGCCGCUGAGCAUGUAAGUAAGCACCUUGUGAAGGAUACUCUCAGUUAUAAAAGUAAAAAUUGUAUAGAUUUUGCUUCUAAAGUGGUUGACCAAAAUCCAUAUACAGAAAUACAUAAUAAUUUAAAGAGCAGAGAGAAAUCAUAUGUGUUUGUCAAAGAAAUCAUGAGGGGUUAUGUAGGGGGUAUGCCAUGCACAGCUUUUCUCAGAAUAAGGAUAAACUUGCAGAAUGAGAACAGCUGUGAUGACAGGAAUUCGGUUAUGAGAAAAUCCUGUUCAACUUUAAAGGGGAAAGUUGGAGGUUAUGUUGUGCUCAGAGCCAUUGAGAAGGAUAAGUUGCAUGUUAUAGAUGGGGAAAUAGACAUGUUUGAAGUAGAUUACAAAACCCCUUACACACAAUAUAUGCACUAUCGCCUUCUCCUCGCUACUGCUUCUGGUCCAAGAUAUAUUUUUGAGGGAAAGAAGAUAAUGAAUCCUUAUCUUUUUGCACUAUAUUCUUGGAGGGAGACAACAACAUUGUAUGUGACAUUCAAAAAGCUUGAUGGCAACUUUACCGGGAAAGCAGGGUUGAACUUAAAAGGAGAGCUUAGAAUUUCCACGAUUGAAUUGCUGAAAAGCAUCGUUAGCCUUGAAGGAAACAGAAAAGGAAGAUUUAUUUAUCUUUUCUCAUUGAAUCUCCUUAGAACUUAUAUUUUACAAAUACCACAAGAAAGUCACAAAAAGUAUACCCUGACGGAUUCUUACAACAAUUCUUAUCCUGCGAGCACUUUCUAUGAAAUAAAAACAGAAGAUGGAUAUACCAUCAGCUGUAGGCAGUGGAACUGUAGUCAAAGUGGAUGGAAAUUCAAGGAAGAAAAGCACCCGGUUCUUCUACUUAAUGGACAUUCCACUGAGAGUUUCUGUCUGCCAACAGAACCAAAUGAUUUGAUCAGGACUUUACUGGCAGAAGGGCAUGAAAUAUGGUUAUUGCAACCAAGAGUUCAUGUGUCGAAUCCCUCAAACAACUUCACUAUUGAAGAUAUUGGAAGAUAUGAUAUACCUGCUGUAAUGGGCAAGAUCUGUGAAUUCCAUGGUCCAAGCAUGAAGGUGCAUGUAGUUGCACACUGUGUUGGAGGCUUGUCCAUUCACAUAGCUCUCAUGGGAGGGCAUAUCUCUGCAACUCAAAUUGCUUCUUUAUGUUGCACCAACUCUUCAAUGUUCUUCAAGCUUACUACUUUAGCCACAGUCAAAAUGUGGCUUCCCUUGGUUCCCUCAACCUGCAGAUGUCAAUGGCUUUGCUGGGCAAGAACAAAAUCCUGCUUCUGUUAGAGACAUCAAAGGCCAGUUUGGGACAUCGGCUCCUAAUGUGUAUAGCCCGUUGGCUACCUCGCUAUGAGAGAUGCACUUGCAGUGAAUGUGAGGUCUUUGCUGGAGUA